UUGUGGGAGGAUCCAGUCGCUUCAGUGUCGGUCUUGGACUUUUCAAGCGAGAGGGAACCGAAGAGCAUACAGCAACUAAGAAGAACUUUUGGAAGAUUUUGCCCUUAUUUUUUUGGAUUUGUAGUGCUUUUUCUUCGUCGGUCUGUUUAUACGGUAAAUAGCCUAUUAGAAAAAGACCAAGGCUACGUUAUCCCGUGCAAAGCCGGGCGCUUGCAAAGAAAACGCAGUUGGCCGUAGCCUUAUAUACCUGCUCUGACAAACUAACAGGUCCUGAGUUUCUGGAACGCGGUUUCUCGGGGAGAAAUCUUUCCAAAUACUCGAUGAUGUUGGACGGCAUAAAAAUUGAAGAUCCACUUCGAUCGGGUCAAGCUAUUGGAGUCAGGCUUGGGACGGAGUGCCAUCAUCAGUCUGUUUGUGAAGGAUGCCAGCGUCCAAUUUCUGACCGCUUCCUGAUGAGAGUCAACGAUUCGUCAUGGCACGAAGAGUGUUUGCACUGCACUGUUUGUCAGCAGCCUCUGUCUACCAGCUGUUAUUUAAGGGAUAGGAAACUAUACUGCAAACACGACUACCAACAGUUGUUCGCGGCCAAGUGCAGCGGCUGCCUGGUGAAGAUCGCCCCCACGGAGUUUGUGAUGCGGGCGCUGGAGAGCGUCUACCACCUGGGCUGCUUCAGCUGCUGCGUGUGCGAGCGCCCGCUGAGGAAGGGCGACGAGUUUGUCCUGAAGGAGGGCCAGCUGCUCUGUAAGAGCGACUACGAAAGGGAGAAGGAGCUGCUGGGCUCUGUCAGCCCCGGAGACUCCGACUCAGAGAAGAGCGACGAUGAGGACCUGGAUAUCAAGCCGGAGAAGGGUUCGGGGGGCUCUGGGAAGGGGGACGACGGGAAGGACCCCCGCAGGCCGAAGAGGCCUCGCACCAUCCUGACCACCCAGCAGAGGCGAGCCUUCAAGGCGUCCUUCGAGGUGUCCUCUAAACCCUGCCGGAAGGUGAGGGAGACGCUGGCCGCAGAAACAGGGCUGAGUGUUCGAGUGGUCCAGGUGUGGUUCCAGAACCAAAGAGCCAAGAUGAAGAAAUUGGCCCGGAGACAGCAGCAGCAACAGGAACAACAGAACACCCAGAGACUCGGACAAGAGGUGAUGUCCAAUCGGAUGGAGGGAAUGAUGAACUCGUUCACGCCCUUGGGCCCGCCCCAACAGCAGUUGGUUACCAUGGAGCAGAAUGGUUACAGUACGGACCCCUUCCAGCAGGGCCUGACCCCCCCCCAGAUGCCAGGAGACCACAUGAACCCAUAUGGAAAUGAUUCAAUAUUCCAUGACAUAGACAGCGACACAUCUUUAACGAGUCUUAGCGAUUGCUUCCUGGCGUCCUCGGAAAUCAACUCCCUGCACGCUCGCGUCGGAAACCCCAUCGACCGACUCUAUUCCAUGCAGAACUCGUACUUCGCUUCAUGAAGACUGAGGAUGAAGAUCUCAAUCUGUAGGAUUAAGAAACUGUUGUUCUCAUCGCUGCCUCAAGGAAUUUCCACACUGCACCCUUGACCAACAGAGCAACAAUUCCUACCAACAGCUCCAGGGAAAUGUGCACACAUCUGACUUCAAAAUGCUCAAAGACAAAUAUUCCUGAGAAAAGGAAGUGUUGUGUUUUUUUAUAGAUUUCAUUGUUAGGAUAUCUGUUUCUGACUGUCACAGACGUGCCACUCAUUUCUUUAUUAGCAACAAGGAAAUUAGUAUUUGAGGUCUAAGCAAAUUAUAACAAGUUUGAAACCAAAUAUCACAGGCCGGCUUCUGAUGCAUGAACUCAUAAUUCAUUGUAAAAAAAAAAAAAAAAAAAAAA